AACCCGGAAUAACAACAGUCGCUCCGACUUCUGAUCCCAGUCUCUGAGGAAACUUCGAGAGAACACAGCAGCGGGUAGAGCUCUACUGUAGGACGUGUUUCAGAACAGGCAGUGAUGAAGUCGGCUCUGCUUCACGUUUCAGUGCCCUUCGUGCUCUGUGUCGCGCUGGCGAACACCAGUCUGUUCGACGGAGUUGAGGUGGACUUGUCUUACGACCACUAUGCGGAGCAAAGGGUCGACUAUCUGCCCGGGUUCCUGGCGAUGCCCUGUAACUGCCUGGUGAACAUGGCGUACAUCUUCAUGGGGCUGUACUGGCUGCUGUGGCGCGGAGGCGUCGGUGAAACGCGGGAGAGCCGGUACAUGAGAGAGGUGUUCGUCUUCAUGGCUGUCCUCUAUGCGCCUGUGCAGUGGACGCGCUUGGCGGUGCUGCGUCGCGCUCCCGCCGUGCUCGACCAGUGGUUCACGUUACCGAUCUUCGCGUGGGUUCCGGCGUGGAUCAGCUUCAUAGAGCGCGGGCCGGCGAAGUGGCGCGCGUCUGACGCGAUGGCGCUCGAGCUGCUGUCUCUCCUCAGCUACGGCUUGGCGCUGGCGCACGAGCGGGGCUUUGAGGGGGCGCUGGGCUGUCACGUUGCCCUCGCGGUGUACAAGGGAGUGCGCGUGCAGCGGGAGCACGGGGAUGGCCGCACGCGGGCAUACCUGCUGCUGGCGGUGCUGUCGUGUGCAGGGUUCGUGCUGCUGAAGCUGCUGGACCACUGGCUCGCUCGGUACCGGCUCUUCCAGCGGCUCACCGGACACUUCUGGUCCAAAGUGUGCGACGUGUUACAGUUCCACUUCAGCUUCUGCUUCCUGACCUCGCUGACCCAGAAGACACAGGGGACACAGGGGAAGACAGCAGCACAGCGGGACUGACAGAACAGCAAGUGAGGGAAAGUCAUGAGACACUUUAAUUAAACUGUGAUUCCUCUGUGGAGUAUAUUAAAGCAGCACCAGCUAAACAUUCUCCAUGUAUACACAUUAACACCCUUGUCCAAAUAUUAGGGCAGUGGGUCCCAACCCCCACUAGGGGUCACCAAAGCUUCAUAGGGGGUCACAAGGCCUUCUUGAUUUUAAGGGGUGAAAGAAGACUGAGAACACACACUGGGGCUGUAGCUCUGCAUUUCAUUCAAUUCUGUAUGGAAAAUUGAAAUAAAUUAUUUAUUAUUUAAGAUUUAAGCCCAAAGAGCUAAUAGAACAGUAGCCAAUUGAAUUUGUCCACAAAAAAAGCCUAUUAAUUAUGAGAGAUUGUUUAAAAUCAUCAGGAUAACUCAUCCUUAAUGCGAUAUUCACAAGAAAGAAUCUGUUCAAAAUGUGCUUGUUUUACAUAAACUCCAUUAACUGAAAACCUAUUGCCCUAUAUUAGGGUUUUCAUACUGGGGUCCACUGACCAACAUGAGUCCUUGAGUGGGUUGAAGGGGGUCCCCAUCAAAAGGAGAAAUAGAAUUAAAUAGAAAUAUAUAAAUAUAUUUCUAUAUAUUUUUUUAAUCAAUUUUUUUGAAAGUUGCAACAAUGAAAGAAAUAGGCUUGAUUGAUUGUAAUUUAUAAUGAUCCAGUUUGAUUCUUGAUUCACCAUGAAGACUUAAGUAUCUUAACACAUAAAAAUAAGACAAAUGAGUCAGAAGGGACGCCUUAAGACAAAAUCCUCUGAAGUUGGAGCCCCAUGGUCGAAUGUGCAUCUAUUGUGUAGGUCCUUGACAUGACCUAAUAGGCUUAAUGGCUGUAAGAAGAAACAAAGAUUCAUUCCAUUCUUAAUGGCUGUAAGAAGAAACAAAGAUUCAUUCCAAUGUUGGACAUGGACAUAUGAAAACAAAAAACACUACAGGUUAAAAUCACUGAAAUAUUCCAGAGGCCCUGCAGCCCCAAAUCAUGAUUACAACACAGACCACUGAGUAUCUGCUGCAGUACAAACCUUAAUGGGAGUUAUCUGUAAUAAAAGGUUUUUACACUUCUUUUUAAAAUAAACUGAUAGAUUCAGAACAGGGGUCUUAAACUCAGAUUGUCUUGGGGCCAUGGCUGGUAUUGUCAUCUCAUAGGAGAGUAUGUGACAUUGUGUAGCAAGCUAUUCCAAGUCCCACCCCCACCUAUUGACUAGAUUUAGAUCCAGAAGAACUUGGACUCGGUUAGUUAGUAAGUGUCUGAGUGUACUCAACAAUUAGCCAAAUCAACCCAUCCUAAUAACUGAAAUAAAAAAUGUUUUAUAAUCAGUGAUUAUGUAAUUUUGUACAAUCUGUAGGCUUGUGGUUGCUUGAUGAUGGUAAUGUUACUAGACCAAUGUCUCAUCUGCUGCAUCUGUUCUGAGUUUGUGGUUGAAUUUGUGUCUGAAACUGUAUAGAUGAGUGCCUGACCAUAAAAAGUGACAUUUACAUUUAAA